GGAAAGCGGAAAAAUAUUGAGCGCUUUCGCGAAAAUUUUGCCUCGCUUCAGCAUCGCGAAUUCUUUCGUCCUCUUCCUCACGUGCCACCACGGCAAGGGAGGAAAAAAAACAAGUGAAAAUCUAAAUCGAUUUAGUGACGAGGCCACUAGAAGCUUAAGCCGCGAUCAUUGCCACGGUAUGCACUUAAUGGGCUACGGAAGGUGAGCAGAGAAACAGAAACAGCAACAACAUGCACUAAACUUUCACUUCAUUCCGUUGAAGUUAUGCCGUGUUCGUCAUUACCUAGCCAUAAUCAGAUUUUUCACUGACGAACAGCUAGCCGGUCAGUCAGGCCCGUGGAAGGGAUUUAAUUUACGGUUUUACUAUCCUAACAUCGAUCGUCGUGAGAAAGCAAUCAACAGAUAACAUUUUAUGGAAAGAAAUUGCUUUUUUGCAAAGAUUAUUAUGACAUAAAAAAGAAAUUGAUUCCCGAAAGGCCACAUCCUUGUGGAAGAUCACUUCAAUAUUCACCUAAUGCGCAGUCCAAGCUCAAUCCAAAGCUCGCGAAGGCAUCAUCAAAUUAUUAGCGACUGGGGAAAAUACAUAAUGACACUUAAUUUUAUUGAAUCGCGGCUCGUUUCCGCUCUCGCGUAGUGUCGGCGCGUCGUCCUCAUCCGGUUCCAAGGUUUCGCGCAGGCGACGAUACGCGACGACGUCGCGUAGUGUUCCGUGAUCCGAAAGUGAAACGACAACUAUCUGAAAUCGAUAAAUUGCCUUCCACGGACAACAGUCACCUGACUCAGCGAAAAAUAAACCCUGCGAUGCGUGCGGUAGUUACGUGAGAUUCCGCGCGGAAUACGAGGAAGGAAAGAGGCGCGAAUUCGCGUGAAGAACGAACGUGUGUGGAGAAGUGGAGAAGUGUGGUGGAGUGAAGCGACCAGUCCUUCGGAUGCUUCAGAGUGCUAUGAUGUGAUGAUGACGCCGCCCGGUGUGAACGGGCAAGCCAAAUAGCCGCUCGUAACGCAAUCCCUUCGAGACGAUAUCGUGUUUACGAAGCCGUCUUCUGGCUUCUGAUUUUGGACGCCGCGAAAAUCCUGGCAGAAAAGAAGAGGGUGAUAAAGCCAGACACGUGGAGAUAAUUAUCUGUAUGGAUCUUCAGAUUGCCGAGUAUCGCAAGAGGCGACGGCGAAGUCGAGUGUUUAGCACCUGUGUUAGCGCUGGGGAUAAGGGGGAUUACAUCAAACAUCCGGUCCUGUACGAGCUCAGCCACAAAUAUGGACUCGCCGACAAUCUGCCCGAGAGUCUGCUGCCUAACCGACUGGAGGAGAUCAAAGAAGCCAUCCGGCGAGAGAUCCGGAAGGAGCUCAAAAUCAAAGAGGGAGCCGAAAAGCUCCGUGAAGUGGCCACCGACAGACGCUCGCUGUCGGAUGUGGCCUCGAUAGUGAAGAAGAGCAACAACAAACUGGCGGAACUCAAAUCGGAACUGCACGAGCUGGAAAGCCAGAUCAUACUGACACAGGGCAACAGUGUUAGCAGCAAUGGGCAAGACAUGAUCCCAUCGCCAGUGACCCCGAGUGGACCGGAGUUGACCCCAAACGAUAAAUUGCUCACCUCGUUGGAAAAGCAGCUCAGCAUAGAGACCAAGGUGAAGAACGGGGCCGAGAAUAUGAUUCAGUCGAUCUCCAGCGGCCAUCACGGUCGCGACAAGAAGCUACUGGCCGAGGCACACCAGAUGCUGGCCGAUUCCAAAGCAAAGAUCGAAUUCCUCCGGUUGCGGAUACUGAAGGUUCGCCAGAACAAGCUCAACAACAAGGUGUCCGAGGAAAACGGUGAAAUCAAACCGCGCGAGCUGGAAGGUUCGCUGGAGGACCGCAUCGACGAGCUGCGGCAUCGGUUGCGGAUCGAGGCAGCGGUCGUCGACGGGGCGAAAAACGUUAUCCGGACGUUGCAGAGUACAAAGACGAUCGACAAGAAGGCUCUACAGGAGGCUCAGACGCGUCUUUCAGAAUCAUCCCGGAAGCUGGACCUGCUACGAAAAGCGCUGGAACUGCGACGGUUAGAGCUACCUCAGGAUUCCCAGGCGGCAAUACAGCUCAAGGCGGAGCUGCAGAAUGUGCAAGCCUCUAGCCCGGUCCCAGUGCAGUAUACUUCCCUUCAUCCGUUCCGUGGGUCAUCCCAGGGUAAACCGACCCACAGUCUGUCGUUCAGUCGAUGCGCUGCCGUUACGGGUAAGCUCGAGGUUCGAUUGAUGGGCUGCCAGGAUCUGCUGGAGGACGUCCCUGGGCGGUCCCGUCGGGAUAAGGAUUCGAACUCGAGCCCGGGGGAUUUGAAGAGCUUCGUGAAGGGCGUCACGAGCAGAAGUUCUUCGAAGAGCUAUAGCGUUAAGGAUGAGACCUCGUCGGAGAUUAUGGCUGUUAUUAAGUUAGACAACAUCACUGUGGGUCAAACCUCGUGGAGACCUUGCUCGCAGCAGGCCUGGGACCAGCGCUUCUCGAUAGACCUAGACCGGUCGCGGGAGCUCGAAAUUGGGAUCUACUGGCGGGACUGGCGAUCGCUGUGCGCUGUUAAGUUUCUUCGCCUAGAGGAAUUCAUAGACGACAUUCGGCACGGGAUGGCACUGCAGCUGGAACCGCAGGGUCUGCUGUUUGCCGAAAUCAAAUUCCUCAAUCCAAUGAUAUCGCGCAAGCCCAAACUGCAGCGUCAGCGAAUGAUCUUCAACAAACAGCAGGUCAAGAACAUCCCCCGGGCGAAACAGAUGAACAUCAACGUGGCGACCUGGGGUCGUCUGCUCAAACGGAACAACAACACUCCCGCGGCAGGAUCCGCCGGAACACAGCCAAUUAUCACUACCCCAUCAACACCCAGUACCGCUCCGGUACUCCCGUUCGAUACCAUUACCGAGAACGAUCCCGUGGAGACGUUGGGUGAGUCGGCGGAUUUGAACACGGUGGGAUUGGGCGGCGGAAGACCACUUGGCAUACACGGUAUCACAGUUCUACCGGAAAGUCCCUCCUCACACUCACUACAGAAUCAGAUGACCUCGCCGGGGACCCCACCGGGAAUGCGAUCCAUGCAGCAGCAACCCCAUUCGAUCAGUACGCCACCGAGCUUCCGCCAGAAGAAACCUCCAAUGCCAUCGCCACCAUCGCAACCGUCGAUCGUUUCGCCUCCACUACCAUCCAACAAGUCAGACCAGGAGUUACAGAAUGUCCUGAGGGAGUUUGAUUUCCUCCAACAGCACGAUAGUAUUAGCGAUGGUGGCACAUUGACGCUGCAUCACGAGAUGGCGUCCCAGUUUAGCUGCUACGGUACCACUGCUCAGGAUAAAGAGGACCAGAACGAUGACGACGACUUCGAUGGCCCAUCGUCGUCAACACCACCUCCACCGCCAUGCCCGGAAUCCCCAUCAUCAGCGCUGCAGAAAAGUCUCUCCGGAGAUCUGCUGCGACCCGUCCUUUCGAUGCCCCCAGUUAUACUCAUGGGUGGUGGUGGCGGUACCCAUGUCGGAACCAACCGGGACAGCUUCAUAUCGUACACGGACGGCACACCGAUUAUCGAGGAGCCUCCGUCGCCAGCCCCGCUGGUGGAGGAUCCCUUCGAGGGUUACGACGCUUACUCGGUCGUUGAAUGUCCGGGCGAGUCGUACGACGAGAUUAUCGAGAUCAUUCAGCCCUUCGAACAGCUGGGAGUUUCGGGCAACGUGGUACCACUGCAACCAGCACAUCACCACCAACCGCAGACGCCGGCUGCAGCUGCUGCCGCAGCGGCUCUCCAACAGCAACAAUACUACCAACAGCAACUGCUAAUCCAACAGCAGCUGCAGCAGCAAGCUCUUCAGCAACAACAGCAACAACAACAGCAGCAACAGCAACAGCAGCAGCUCGAUCUGGCUAUCGCGGGACCAGCGGCACCUAGCCGUCGGCAAGGACCAGCGCGUGCCCUCCAGUACCGAGAUAGCGCGUACGAGAGUCGGCGCCAGUCACAGGCAGGUGCCACCGGAAUGCACAUCGACUGCUUCCGGCUGCUGAGCGUACUCGGACGGGGCCACUUCGGUAAGGUCAUUCUGACGCAGUACAAAAACACCGGCGAGUACUUCGCCAUUAAGGCGCUCAAGAAAGGGGACAUCAUCGCCCGGGAUGAGGUGGAAUCGUUGCUCAGCGAGAAGCGCAUUUUCGAGGUGGCGAACACGAUGCGGCAUCCGUUCCUGGUGAAUCUGUUCGCAUGCUUCCAGACUGAGCAACACGUCUGCUUUGUGAUGGAGUACGCUGCGGGAGGUGAUCUGAUGAUGCACAUCCAUACGGAUGUGUUUUCUGAACCGCGGGCCGUUUUCUACGCGGCCUGCGUAGUGCUGGGUCUACAGUAUUUACACGAGAGUAAGAUUAUCUAUCGCGAUCUGAAGCUCGACAAUUUACUGCUGGAUACGGAAGGUUACGUGAAAAUCGCUGAUUUUGGUCUGUGCAAGGAGGGUAUGGGCUUCGGCGAUCGGACGGGUACAUUCUGCGGUACGCCCGAGUUCCUCGCGCCGGAAGUGCUCACCGAGACGUCGUACACGCGAGCCGUAGACUGGUGGGGUCUUGGAGUACUGAUCUUCGAAAUGUUGGUGGGAGAGUCGCCAUUCCCGGGUGACGAUGAAGAGGAGGUAUUUGAUUCGAUUGUUAAUGAUGAGGUGCGAUAUCCGAGGUUCCUCUCACUGGAAGCGAUUGCUAUUAUGAGAAGGCUCUUACGGAAGAAUCCAGAGCGACGACUUGGUUCAUCGGAACGAGACGCCGAAGACGUCAAACGACAAGCUUUCUUCCGGAACAUUGUCUGGGAUGAUCUGCUACUCAGGAAAGUGAAACCUCCGUUCGUGCCAACCAUCCGCUCCCCGGAGGACGUAUCCAACUUCGACGAAGAGUUCACAUCCGAGAAGCCUCAGCUGACGCCACCGAAAGAACCACGCAUCCUGACCGAGAGUGAACAGACUUACUUCAAGGACUUUACCUACAUGGCCGAUUGGUGUUGACAGUGAGUGAGUGAGUGGAACAACAACAACCACAUCAUAAAUGUUGAACUUAGUGUUUAGAAAUAGCUACUACUAUUAGGACUAAAAAACAAAAUCUACACUAUUUAUCGCCAGCCCCAACUAAUGAAUAGGGCUGUGCUCUAAUGCUCCCACGACCGUGGUCCAUAUCUCUCCAUCCUCCUAUCUUCCUUUCUUCCAAAACAACUAAGUCUUUCUCGUCUCUUCUCCCCCUCGAGGGGAAAAUAUCAAUCGCUAAUCGUUAUUAUCAAACUGUUAAUAUAUUGUGCUAAAAACCGAUCAGGCGGGAAUAAACAAUUCCGUGAGAGAUGGAUUGAUGGCUGUUUUGUGUUCUAAAUACAAACUAAAGCAAAACAUAUACAAAAGCAUUUGGCGAAAGCGAAAAGCGGUCUUCCAGAAAGCAAACACAAACACACCAAGUUACACACAACACGAGGGAAGAAAACAAAAAAAAACUCGUGUGUGAAAGACAGAAAUUUAUCAGGAAUAUAAUUGGCUUUAGAAUCAUAUUGAACUUUUCCUUUUAUACGAAUUUAAGCUUAACCGUUAUUACU